AUGCCAAUUGAGGCGCUUCCUCAGAACACAAUCCAGGCGAUUGGCUCUACAUCAGUCAUCUCCGAUCCAUGCUCAGUGGUUAAAGAGCUCAUUGACAAUGCACUAGAUGCGUCCGCCACUUCAGUGCAGAUCGAGAUAUCUCAAAAUACCGUGGAUGUCAUUCAAAUCAAAGACAACGGAUAUGGCAUCCCACCAGAGGACCAACAGUAUGUCUGCAAACGUUCCUUCACGAGCAAGAUCCAGACUUUAGAUGAUCUCAAGAAUGUCGGCGGAUCUUGUUUAGGCUUUCGGGGUGAAGCCUUGGCAAGUGUCGCAGAGAUGUCAGGGGUGGUUGCUGUCACCACUCGAGUUCAGUCUGAAGUUGUUGGCUCGUGUCACACGACGCAACGGACAUCCCAUCCACUAGGGACGACAGUUCGCAUUGAGAACUUCCUCAAACAUAUCCCUGUUCGGAGGCAGACAGCUUUGAAAGCAGCCACAAGAAACUUGACAAGGAUCAAGAAGCUUCUUCAGGCAUAUGCCAUGGCACAGCCAUCAAAGAGGCUUUCGCUGAAAGUUCUCAAGGCGAAAAAUGAAAACAGCAACUGGACAUAUGCACCAGGCGCAUAUCCUUCCCUCCCGGAUGCAGCUCUCAAAGUUGCUGGCAUGGAAGUGUCGUCUUAUUGUAUUGUGAAAGUGCUUUCUUCCCAAUCCCUCGCCCAGUAUGAAGGGUCAUCCGAUCAAGGAGAUUAUGAAGCUACUGCUUUUCUCCCGAAUCCACCGUUUGAUACAUCGAAAAUUAACAACGCAGGGCAGUUUAUCAGCGUUGAUGGUCGUCCUCUUUCCAGCAGCAGAGGGAUUGGACAAGAGAUUGUGAAGCUGUUCAAGCUGUACGUUCGUCUCGCCGCAUCCCAAACCGAAUCUUCCAAGACUGUGACGGAUCCGUUCCUGUGUUUGCAAAUAAGUUGCCCUAGAGGGACCUACGAUGUCAACAUCGAGCCAGCGAAAGAUGACCUGUUAUUUGAGAAUCGGGACCUUGUGUUGUCUCUGACAGAAAGUCUUUUCCGAGAUCAUUACGGGGAGCUUGCAGGAAACGAAAGGAAAAUUGUCAACAAAGGGAACGGGGCUUCGUCCAAUGUCGGGGCCAGUAAUAGUGGAUUUGACCUCUUGAUGGCUAGGAAGGCCCCCGCAGAACUAGUCACUCAGUCUCAUCAGACUGAAGAUCCCUUUGGAGAUGCUAUAUUCUGCACUCCUCUUUCGCAGAGAACACCUCGACCGGAAAACAUAACGUUGCCUACCGAUAACCAAGUCAGCUCUAACGGAAGCCCUGAGCAAUCUAAUGCCAAUAAACCAAAACGCUCCAGCUUUGUCAAUCCAUGGUCUGUCUCGAGAAUAAACGCGUCCCUCCGAACUCCACAUCGCGAGCAGAAUCUAUUUAGCCAAAGGAGUCCCGUGGACUUGGUUGUUCAAAGCUCAGAAGGCUUCAGACAAAGAAAUUCCGAACCGAGAAGCCUCCAACGAUCCCCCGACAUCCCGGACUUUCCGAGUCCUCCUGUUUCAAGGAUUACAUCUGGGUCCCCGGUGAGGCGCCGUCAUCAAAAUCCCCAAGAAGCGAUUGAUUCCUCCCCUGAAGUGCCUCGCCUAUCGAGUGCUCGCAAGGCAGAAAGGGAACGGGAUAGAGAACGCUACGGCAAUGGCGCGCUGGAUACGUGGUUCCAGAGGACAACGCAAGUUUCACUCCAACAGAGUCCAAUGGAGGAAGAACCUAUCCAAGAAUCUGGGUCACCUCUUUCGUCGCUUGCGCAGGAAAGAUUCGGAUUGCACGCGGAGCGCUCACUGAACAAUUCACCUGUUGACGGGCAGAAUGAUGGACAGCUUGGCGAUUUAUCUGAGAAUGGCCAAACACAACAAUCCUUUCGACGUGCUUCUUCCUUGCCGCGUGGCUUGAACGAUAAUACCGAUGAGUCAAUGGACAGUGGUCAAGGAUUUCCAGUUCUUGACAGAUGGGCCGCCCGGCUGCAUGAGGGUGUUGAUGUUGAGGAAACUUCAGAUCUGGAGAAGGCACUUGACUUUGAAUGGAGGAAGAAGCAAGCCAUUCAAAGCAGUCGUAUUCGUUCCAGGGAAAACGAAUCCUUGUCCAGUUCACAACCUGCUCUCCCGAUCUCGCAUUCUCCACAUCAUAGUCGGUACCUCGCUGCAAAGGCUGCCUUGACCUCCUCGCAAACUUCAACUACAGACCCCCUUUCCAUUACAACCCUUUCGCCUGAUGAUCCGCGAGCCUAUCUUAUGCGCAGUAAAGCCAGCAAUCAGUCGGACGAGCCUAUGGCGCCUGGCACGAAAUCUCGGAAGGUGCAUGCCAGUCGACUCCCAUUUGAACGCAUACCAGAUGGCUAUGACUUGCAUGAUCUGGAGACUACCUGUUCCGUUGACUUAUCACUAAUAUCACAUGUCUCUGGGGAAAACAUGCGGGAUGGUCUAUGCAUCCAGAAUGACAACGAAGCCAUGGCGUUCUCCGGUUCUAACGUGGAGAUAUUCACGCCACUCUGGGAUGAGCGGUUGUCGUUUCUUAUGCAGCGAAAGUUCAAGAAGAAUGAUCAAUCGCUGCCAUAUACAUGGAGAACUGAUCUUUACACAAUUAUCUCCACACAUUUGAGAGAUAUCGACGCGAGUUGA